AUGCCUCCCAAGCCGAAGCCUCUGACAUCCGAGACCUUUUCAUCACUCCGGACAACACCUCGCAUCGCAUCUAUAUGCCAAGGUGAUCACCUCGUUGUCCGAGGGGACACUCCUAGUCUGAGAAAAAUUAAUUGCAAAGUUCUCGCAUUGCAUCUGAGCCUCGCACGACGCCUCGGAUUGCCCUUCAUAAAGACUUCGCCUUCCGAGACUCACUGCCAUUCCGCAACCUCCAUCUCGAAGUCACUAUUUCGAAGACCUGCUCACUUCACCCAUCUCGGUCUGAGUUUAAGUGGCCACACGAGCCCUAUAGAAUCUGUAAAUUUUGAUUCAACCCAAGUGUUGGUGGCUGCUGGAGCUUCUUCUGGCGUGGUAAUGCUCUGGGAGUUAGAAGAGACAAAGGGUGUUUAUGACUUUUUAAUGUUUAGAACACUUAAUGGACACCGAUCCUACUGCACUGCCUUGGAAUUCCAUCCUUUUGGUGAGUUUCUUGCAUCAGGAUCCAUGGAUACUAAUUUGAAGAUAUGGGAUAUUCGAAAGAAAGGAUGCAUUCAUACAUAUAAGGGUCAUAAACGAGCAAUUAGUACAAUCAGAUUUACCGCUGAUGGAAGAUGGGUGGUGUCUGGAGGACUUGAUAAUGUUGUAAAGAUAUGGGACUUAACUGCUAUAAAGCUCUUGCAUGAGUUCAAGUUACAUGAAGGCCACAUUAAAUCAAUGGAUUUCCAUCCUCUUGAGUUUCUUCUAGCAACAGGUUCAUCAGAUAGAACUGUGAAAUUUUGGGAUUUGGAAACCUUUGAAUUGAUUGGAACAACUCGGGCUGAGCCAACAGGGUUACGAUCAGUUGCAUUUUAUCCAGAUGGAAGAACACUCUUUUGUGGAUUAGACAACAGUUUAAAGCAUAUUGAACCAUAUGCAUAUAACAUGAUAGCCAUAGAAAAAGCUCAUGUGGAUCCAAAGACUAAUCUCCAGGAAAGUGUUAUAGAGAGAACUAAGACUCCAAGAAUGUCAUUUAUACCCUUAGAUGAUGACACACAAGAUAUCAAGAAUAUAUAUGUAGACAGCAUGACUCCUGUUGUUUCUAGGAUAGAUGGAUCAAAUACAAAUAUUCAGAGAAGGAUUUUUACUGAUGAUGUGGCGAUUGAUUCUUCAGAGGAGAAAACACCUAACUCUAAAUCUUCAUCUAACCAUGAGGUAUCUGUUGAUUCCUCCAACAAAAGGUCGACACAUGUUAAAUGUGUUGCAGUUUCAAAUGGAAAGACUCGGAAUCUUGUUGAGAAAUUUGAGAAAAAAGAAAAGUUGGGUACUGAUGAAUCUCAAAAACCUAAUACAGAUAGCAUGUAUGUAAAUGGUGACACUGUAGAACAUCCACCUGUCAAUGUGGUCUCAUGUGAAAUACCUGAAACUGCCACAUCACCAAUAAAGACACCUGAUAAUGAUAUGGCGUCUUUGUCAGUAUCAGAAGCUAAAUUGUCACCUGUGUCACUUAAGACUUCCCCUAAAGCUAAGGCCUUAUCAGUUCAGAGAAGACAUGUUGCUUCCCAAAGGGUAAUAUCGAAAAAAGUUAGGUCACCUCCCAUGGCAGUUGCACGGAGAUGUAGAGCUUCUUCUCAAGUGAUACCUGAAAGAACUAGAAUUAGAACCAGAACCUCACAUCUGCCAGCUGUACCAAGGCAAAUUACUUCUACUACACAAAUGACAAUUGAGAAACCUAAAUUUUCUCCCUUGUUGGUUGUAGGACAUUUUUGGGCACGAAAUGACACAAGGGGCGCUAUUAAUUCCUUGCAGAAGUUACCAGAUCAUGCAGUACAUGCAGAUGUGAUUAGUGUUAUGCUGUAA